CUUCUUAGGGGCGGGGGCGGGCGUCGCGUCAGCCAUUUUGACUUGCUUUGGGUCAAUCGGAUUGUGACGCUGCGAGCCAAGCAGCAACGUGCGCUACAGAGGGGAAACAUGAUCCAAUAUUCUCUUGAACAGAGGUGAGGUACCGCAUAUCCGCCAAUCGUCAUCCACUUGUCGCAGUCAAAAAGACACGAUUGGGUAAAAUACCGCUCAUUCGCUGCAGUCCACGAGAAAAAUGCGAAAGAGCAUCAAGCGCACUGUGAAGGUCGCUGCGGCUGCACCUCGCCGCUCGCCGCGUCUCAACAAGGCUUUAGCGCAGAUCGAGACCAUCACCACCGUGACCUCCGUCUCUGUGCGUGCCAAACGCACCCCGAAGCCGAAGAAACCGGCUAAAAGCAAGCAAAUCUUGUCGCCAUCGACGCUCUCCCGGAUUUUUGAGACUCGCUACGAAGCCAAGGGCUACACGACUGUCAUUGGCGUGGAUGAAGCUGGUCGGGGGCCUCUAGUCGGACCUGUGGUAGCGGCUGCGUGCCAUGUGCCGCUGGACGUGACGAUUCCAGGCGUGGACGAUAGCAAAAAGAUUUUGGAGCCGCAGCGCGAGGCACUGUUCGAACUGCUGACCACCCACCCGAGUAUCACGUACGCUGUGCACGUGAACAGCGCACAGCGGAUCGAUGAGAUCAACAUUCUACAGGCAUCUCUGGAGUCCAUGACAAAGUCGGUGAAUGAGGUGGCAGAGCGACUACAGCAGAAGGAUAAGACGUUCGUGCUCGUGGACGGCAACAAGCUUCCACCAACACUUGAACUGCCAGCUGAGGCAGUUAUUAAAGGAGACUCCAAGGUCUACAGUAUCGCAGCGGCUUCCAUCAUCGCCAAGGUCACGCGAGACCGCCUUAUGCGCGAAUACGACGAAAAGUUCCCGCAGUACGGACUCGCACAACACAAGGGAUACCCGACGCGAGGCCACGUAGCUGCCAUCGCCAAGCAUGGACCAUGUGAGAUCCAUCGUAUGACUUUUGCUCCGUUGAAGCCUAAAGAGGCUCCCAAACCCAAGGCGAAAGGCAAGAAGAAGAAGUCCGCGUGAUGAGGACUAAUAGAACCACAAGCGGAGUGACGCGGGCUGCUACCUCCGUUGGACUGUCAAAGCCACAGUCGCUGUGAUUGCUCUCCAAACCUCGUGGAGAGCUGGCGAAUGAUGACAGCUCGUCCGUCGGGUUGCGCACGAACGACGGCAACUUGAGCGACGUCAUGGCUUGCAUAUGAUCCUCGAAGCACGUAUCGCACACACGCUGGGCCGCCAUGUAGCCCAAGUGAGGAAGUGCUAGCUGACGAGUCGAGUGCUCGUAACAGAACGAGUUGCCGCAUUGACGGCAGUGAUGGCGACGAACGAGAAGGUUAAAUGUACAGUCGCACUCGAAACAGGUCGGAGCUUUAGCGAAGCGAGGGACUACGACUCCAGGGCGAACUGUCACCGAUGGCGCAUAGCAUGAAGAAGAAUUCGAUGACCGCGUACGGUACAGUCCAGCGGAUGCUGAGCGCCUGGGCAUCGGGUGGCUGCCUUCAUCGUCGCCCUCUACGGAGCGAUUGUCGCAGUUCGGACUGUCAAAGUAGGCGGGUGUUCGACCGCUGGUAGCGUGCGUCAUGCUGUGGGGUGCUGCAAAGUUCCAGCGGGAAGGACCUUGUCGACCACACGAGGUCAAAGGCGCAGGAACCCGAAGUGGGCUAUCAACGGCGCGAGAACGACGCGGGUGACUAAUGCACGAGGCUGGACCAGCAUCGAUGACAUUGUUAUCCACUUUCAACUCGAACUCAGGCAGCUGCAGUUGCAAUUGCAUCGUUUUUCGCUUGAUCUGUGAUGCAACAAGCUUCUGAAGAGCAAUUUCUUGCUGCUGCUGGCGUUCUGGCGAGGGCUCAUCAGCAGCAGCCUCCCGGAUUUCUUCACGCAGUUGGCAGACUUCUUUUUGCGCCUCCGCCUCCUGCUGCCGCCACAGAUCCAAGCUCUGACGUCGUUCACGGGAGCGAGAACCACGGGGUGAUGCAGGUGGCGUCUUCUCUUCUUGCUCUGCAUCUUCAUUCGCCGGUUCAAGAGUAGGUGGUAACCUGAAUUGGCGAGUCCGACGUGAGUUGGGCGUCUGCAGUUUGGGCUUCUGCUGGCUGAACGACAGAUCGACAACGCAGCCUACAUCACGACCAUCGGCUGCGUUGGGGUUCCCACCGGUAUCCAUUCUCACAAGAUCGUCCGAAAGCUCAAGCUCCAAUUGGUUCUCGCAGUCGCGUUGGUUGCUAUCGUCUUCUGCAGGGCCAUUAUCAUUCUCCGAUGAGAACAGAACAGCCUUGUGCGGAGAUUUGCGUGCAGGAUCUUCUGCAGUCUUGAACAAAGGGAACGGCUGCUGUUGACGCUCUUUACUGGCACUCUGAGCCACCAAGACCUGCAUUUGUCGACGUAACUCAGCCAGCUCGUCCUUGAGCUGCGCGUUGUCUUCCUUCAGCUUGGCCACGUUCCUGCUCUCCUCACGCAGUACCUUCAAUACUUGCUUGGCGGUACGAAUUCGCACCGCGCAUUGAAGCGCCAGCGUGGCACUACACAACUUGCGGUACUUCCGUUGAGCAGACGAUCGACGCCAAGCUGUGGCGAUACGUGUCACUGCACGAGCCUCACGACGUGUCUGCACCACUCGUACAGCACGACGACAUCGGAAGCGACACUGCACUGCCAGCACUCCUGCACGCGCACGGAGGAACCUGCUUCGCGCACAUAGCUGGCGCAUUCUCGACUGGAGCACUCGAGCUUGUUGCAUCGCACGCAUCCAGCACACGUGCCUGUAGGCACGACGUCCUCGCACACGCGCUUGCAUGGUGAUCGUGGCUUGACGAAGGUGUUGAUAGCUACGGCGGGCCACGAAUCCUCUAACGUGUCUUUGGAGGACUAGGCUGGCACGUUGGCGGACAGCUACGCGCACAUUUUCCAGCUUUUCGUACGGCUUGCGACGGAAAAAGACGCGGGUCUUGCCGAGACUGACACCACAGCGCAUCUGACGAUCCAGUUCGUCUUCAUUCACAUCUUCAAUCUCUUCAUUAUCAGCAAGAAGAACUUGAGUAAGCUGGUGUAGACACAAGUCAAGUUCGCUCCAGUUUCUGUGCUUCCUUUCAAAGUCAUUGUCUCCCCACUUAUAAAGUGAGAGCAGUACACGACGAUACCGUCCGAGGAAUUGCUUGUGUGUGAGACGCACAGGGAACCCGGCACGGGCCACUCUCACAGCUUCAAGAACACCACCACUGCGUAGCUGCUCCACAACGCGAGUGCUUUGGAACAACGAGCCCACAUGGGAGUCGUUCGGCUUGAUGCAGCGCACAUAUCGAGGCGUUGUGGCACGGACAGUGCUCAAUAACUCAUUCAGUUGGAUCUUGAACUGCGUCCCCACACUAACCGCUGCAAUAGCUGACUUGGCACGUCGACGUGUCCGACCUCCGAAACCAUCCAGCUCACUAUCUCCAUUGGCAUCCUCAUCAUUCGAUCCUGCAGCAAGAGCCUGGAUUAGAGGGUUGGACGACCCUGCCAACAACUGAGCGGCACUCUCGCAGAAAGAAUCCUUGUUUUUCGCAAGGAAUCCAUCGAUAGUAUACGUCACGCAGCCAGCAUAAUGAGCCACUACAAACUGUGUCGUGCGCUGGAUCAGCGGAGCUGAGCGAAAGUGAGGGUGCGAGUUCUUCUUCUCAAAUUCCAGGUAAUACUUAGCCACGAGAGCACGGUCAGUGCCUUGAGGGAAGACGCACUCUUGGUCCGUCAGCGAGAAAAUACCAAUUGGCCGGUGCUCAAACAACUCGAGACAAGCGCGGUUAUUAGGGAAAUCGACAAAGCUCCAACGGAUCCCUUCAUCACGAUACAAUCGCUGUUCCUCCUCGAAAAUGUACUGGUUGAACUGAUGUUGCAGUGCCUCAUUGGCAUAGUUGAUGCAGAGCUGCUCGAAGGAGUUUUCCGCCAUAUCUUCAAAACCAAAGAUAUCCAGCAGACCGAUGAAAUCAGUCGCGUCUUCCUCGUCAUCCACGUCACUUUCGUCGUCACCCCAUGGAGCACUAGCCUGUCGUUGAAGUUUGUUAUUGACCCGGGCUACAAGCCAUUCAAAUAGAAGUCUGUAACACUCCAUGGUUAAUGCAUUGCGAGUGUUGCGUGCAUGGGCCACGUCAACUCCCACAACCAACGUUUCGUUGGAUGCAUGCAGCCAGCGCUUGGUCAGAGCAUGAUCUAGCGCUUCAGUGGACACCCCAAGUAGCUCGGCAGCCUUUGUAAAGUGGUCGAAAGCACCAGUCGUCGAACUCAUCACACGUGCUUCGUCAGCGAACACGGUAUCAUCUCCCUUGUGCGGUAUUUGUUCAAAGUCCACAUUGCCCAUAUGCAACACAGCAGCCACGAUCUCCAACACUCCGCCGAUCUCACCUUCGCUCAUGCCAAGCUGCUGCAUGGCUCGCUUGGUCGCACGGAACUGCACGCCAUCCUUGACGCCGUCGCGUCGCUUAGAGCACAAACUCUGAUUCAGCAGACGGAAGCUUUGCGGCCCGCCACUCAGCGCCAGCACCUGCUUCUGCUCUUUACUCACGCAAUUGUUGUCUGCACUGAGCAGCUCAUAGAAAAUGUGAAAGUUGCGUUCAUGAGGAGCUUGUUUGAUCACUCGGAUCUUCUCCAACAGGUACGUUCGGAUACGGGCGCCUGCGAGUCUCCGGCGUUCGUCGCGGAAGCGCAACUCGAUGAACUUGCCGAACCGUGAACUGUUGUCGUUUCGCACUGUACGAGCAUUACCGAAGGCCUCCAGAAUGGGGUUGGACUGCAGAACUUGCUCUUCAAUCGUCGUACGGGACGGUGACGCUGGGGGUGAAAUGGAUUCUGAAUUUGUCAGGUUGUUGUUACCAGUGCCGCAAUGGACAGCGAAGUACGUCAUGAUAAUCUUAGUGGCUUCGGUCUUGCCUGCACCGCUCUCGCCGCUGAUGAGGAUAGACUGACUACGGCCGUUCUGCACGAUGUCAAUGUAGGCUGCACGAGCGACAGCAAACAGAUGCGGCUCUCUCGGGUCUGUGGACGUGACGCGGUCGCCGAACUGCGAGUUGUGGUCGUACGCGUAUCCUCGCAGUAUUUCGUCACCAUAGAGUUGCGGGAGGUCCUGGAAGGGGUUGAUGGAGAUGAGGAUGUCCCCGAUGUGUGUGUAAAUGGCGUGCCGCUCGUAGCGCAGUCGCAGAGCAUUGAGGAUCGAGGCCUCGUGUAGGUGCGGGAGCGCCACUAGAUCGCGCUGGUCUUGCUCGCGUGGCAUGUUGCGCGGCAGCACGUUGAUGCAUUCGCCUGAGGACGCGAAUGUCAAAGCCACAUCUCGACGUCUGGAUUCAGCAUCGUCGUCAUCGUAUGAGCCGCGAUGAUUGAAGCGCGACGUCGCCGGUUUUUCUUCGCGUUGGUUCUCGAGCUCGACAUUCACGGCUGCCUGACGCACCUCGAUCACUCGUGCUGCAAGCCACACGCUUUCAUCCGCCGGGUCGGCGACCCAUACGCGCGCGCCCACGUCCAUUAAGAGGCGAGGGGGUUCUGGUUACUCCGAGUUUGGAUUCUGAAGCAAGAGGGGAGGACGCGGUGGUCACCGUCCGUUUCCGAUCUUUAUCUGUCGCUAGGUACGCAGAGACCAGUGGUCGUUGAGAGCGAUCUUGCUGGUUCCUUGCCACUGCUUGCGUGCUUUAUGUCUUAUCGGGGAGAAGCUAUAGUGGGCCAUCGAGUGAGAGUGGCGGCUCCAUUUGCGGCUCUCUCAGUUGCCGUUGGCCAAAUUAGGAUGCGCGAAUAUCAGGACAUUUUUCGCCAAUAGAAAUCCAGUUGCACCGUUUAAUUAGCCA